GUUUUUUUUAUAUUGUAAAUGGAUUAAUGGAAUGACAUUCUUCAGGACACAUUUGCAGGCUCAAUUGGAGGUGUUACUUUUGUUUUGAGUGCACAUCCAUUCGAGUAACAAUAAAUAUCAUAUUAGCACAAUUAAAGUGAGAAUGUAAAUGUUCUCUGAAAACACAUCUAUUCUUAAAACAGCCUAUAAAAUAUUCAAAUACGAAGGAGUAAUAAUCUAUAUUAUAAAUAAUAUUAGCCUUUUGCUUUCUAUAAAGGAGUUAUUUCACCACUUAUAUUUAGUUUUCCGGUUUCAGUAACUUUAUUUGCAUGUUAUGAAUAAUACAUGAGAUAUUUUUAAGUUGACAGAGAUUCUUAUUAAUUAAUGCAUUGUAUAUUUAAUUUCAUUAAAUAGGGGGUGUUGGUGGAGCUUAUGCUGGAUUUAUUUAAAGUUUUGCUACUAGUCCAUCAGAAUUAUUUAAGAUUGUUUUUUAAAUGUAAAUUUCAGAGUAAGAGCGUAAAUCUGUUUUGAGAUGCAUAUUUGAGUUUGUAAAUAAGGAAGGAAUAGCUGCAGUCUUUAAGGGAAUCAAUUCAACAAUAUUCAGAGACAUCCCUUAAUAUACAACUUUUUUUAUUACAUUUGAAUCUACUAAAUAGUAUUUACAAAGUGAGAAAGGAUAUUUAACUAUAAUCGAUUAAUUUAUAGCUGGUAUAACUGCAGGCUUAGUGUGCAUUUGCUUUUCCUAUCCUUAAGAUAUGGUGAAAACAAAAAUCUAGUAUGAAAUUCUUGAAUCUAAAUAAAAUCGAAAGUAUAAAGGUAUUGAUGGUGGCAUUUCUAUGUGCAUUAAAGAAAUUUAUAAAACAGCAGGUUUCAAAGGCUUUUGGCAAGGGUUCAAUAGUUGUGCAAUCUAUUAUAUGGUAGCAUGUUCAGCACAAUUAGUUGGGUAUUAAUAUAAACUAUUUCUAGAUAUGAGCAAGGUCGAAUGUUUUGGGAUACUUACGUUAAAAAUUGA